CCCACCGCGCGCCCCCUGGAGCACCGCGCACCCCUGGGACCCUUGCGCGCCCCGGGUCCCCAGCAUAACCCCGGGUCCUCGCGCGCCCGCCGUCCCGGUACUGCUCCGGGAACACCGUGCACCCCUGGACCGCGACGCAGCUCCGGGACCUCCGCGCGUCCCGGGACCCCGGCGCGCUCUCACAGCCCCGGGGCUCGUCCAAGCGGGCGGCGCGCCCCGGUGAGGGGGCCCCGCCCCAGAGGAUCCCCCUCUUACAGCAGGCGGAGCCCCGCCCCAAAGGGACCCCCGGGUCCGGCAGGGACAUCCAGCCACGCCCCAAAGGGCUCCCGGCAUCCCGCGUCCGGAGCCCCGCGCUGCGGAGGAACCUCUGUGCCCAGCCGGGGGCUGCCUGCCCCGCCGAGGGGGCGCCUCCCAGGACGGUCCCCCGCGCCCCGCAGGCCCGGCAGGAUGCACGCCGCCCUGGCAGGGCCGCUGCUCGCCGCCCUCCUGGCCACCGCCCGCGCCCGCCCGCAGCCCCCGGACGGAGGACAGUGCCGGCCGCCCGGAUCGCAGAGGGACCUGAACUCCUUCCUGUGGACUAUUCGGCGUGACCCCCCGGCCUAUCUGUUUGGCACCAUCCAUGUCCCCUACACCCGCGUCUGGGACUUCAUCCCGGACAACUCCAAGGCAGCCUUCCAGGCCAGCGCCCGCGUCUACUUCGAGCUGGACCUGACCGACCCCUACACGAUCUCAGCGCUGGCCAGCUGCCAGCUGCUGCCGCACGGGGAGAACCUGCAGGACGUGCUGCCCCGCGAGCUCUACUGGCGUCUGAAGCGCCACCUGGACUACGUGAAACUGAUGAUGCCGUCAUGGAUGACACCUGCACAGCGGGGCAAGGGGCUCUACGCCGACUACCUGUUCAAUGCCAUUGCGGGCAACUGGGAGCGCAAGAGGCCGGUGUGGGUAAUGCUCAUGGUGAACUCGCUCACGGAGACCGACGUUCGCUCCCGUGGUGUGCCAGUGCUUGACCUUUACCUAGCCCAGCAGGCUGAGAAGAUGAAGAAGAGCACCGGGGCCGUGGAGCGCGUGGAGGAGCAAUGCCAUCCGCUCAAUGGGCUCAACUUCUCCCAGGUGCUGUUCGCCCUGAACCAGACUCUGCUGCAGCACGAGAGCGUGCGGGCUGGGAGCCUGCAGGCGCCCUACACCACCGAGGACCUCAUCAAGCACUACAACUGCGGGGACCUCAACGCCGUCAUCUUCAACCACGACACCUCCCAGCUGCCCAACUUUAUCAACACCACCCUCCCACCGCACGAGCAGGUCACGGCCCAGGAGAUUGACAGCUACUUCCGCCAGGAGCUCAUCUACAAGAGGAAUGAGCGCAUGGGGAAGAGGGUCAUGACGCUUCUGCAGGAGAACGAAGACAAGAGCUGCUUCUUUGCCUUCGGAGCAGGUCACUUUCUGGGGAACAACACAGUCAUCGAUGUCCUUCGGCAGGCAGGGCUGGAGGUGGAGCACACGCCUGCAGGGCAGACCAUCCAUAGCCCUGUCGCCGGGAGCCCUACACCUCCACCCGCGGGGACCUCGGGGAGCCUCUCCUCAGCGACCCCAGCUGCUGCCCUGCCCGCGGCCCCAUCGGCGCCCCCCACCGCCCCACCGGAGGAGGAGGACCCAGCGCUGUCCCCACACCUGCUGCUCCCCGACAGCCUCAGCCAGCUGGAGGAGUUUGGACGGCAGAAGAAGUGGCUCAAGCGGCAGAACAAACACCAGCGGCCGCGGCAGUUCAGUGACCUCUGGGUGCGCAUCGAGGACAGCACCACAGCCUCGCCACCCCCACAGCCCUUCCAGACCACGCACAGCUCCGGGACCGCCAAGCCCCCCUUCCAGCUCUCCGACCCACUCCAGCAGCAGGAAGAGCCGGCACCCGCCAGCAGCUCAGCGCCCGGCCGCUCCCUGGCCGCCCUGGGCUUGCUCCCUGCCACUGCUGCCAGCAUAGUAGCCUCCUCCCUGCUGCACACCCUCGGACCCUCCUGACCUCGGCCACAUGCCUGCCCGGAGCAGAGAAAGAAGCCAGAGAAACCGACGGGAAGGCCUGCAGCCGCACCCACUGCCCCUGCCACCCUCCAGGGGUGCUUGACACCUCUCGGGCAGUCCAGAUGGGAUCCGUUAAAACACUAGAGCUUUAUUGUACCUGACUUACAUCUUCUUUUUUGUAGAAGGAUCUUAAUUUCCCAUAGUGCUAUGGGGCUCUUUUGUAAAAUAUGUGUCCAUAUUAAAAAAGAAAAAUGUA